AAAUAUAUCGGCUCGGGGAAGAAUGGGUUUCAAGAAGCUUCUGAAGCGCAAUCCCAAAGCUCUCCUAUCUUCCAAAACACCACAACCACCACUCUCUCCGAUCCCAGACCCCUCUCUCCCACUACCACCACCAUCGGACUCUCUCACCCCUCUCCCCAUUCUCACUCUUUCGCACCACACCCAUAAACCCAAUCACCACGACCACCUCCUCCGCUUCCUCAUGGCCCAUCUUAAACCGCCCUUCAAUCCCACCCACCUCCUCCAAUUCCUCAAGUCCAAGCUCCACCGCCACCCUGCUUUCACUCACUACGACUUCCACGUCUUCAAAUGGGCCUCCACCGUCGACUCGUUCCGUCACGACCACUCUACGUUCGAAUGGAUGGCCCGCACUCUCGCUAUCACCGACCGCUUCGACGACCUUGGAUCCCUACUCCGGUUCAUGGCUUCUAACCCCUGCCCCUGCUCCGACGGUAUCUUCUCCUGCCCUCGAAUCGAACCCAUCUUUAGAUUUUCGAUCAAUGCUUAUUCUAGAGUUGGAAAAUUAAAUGAUGCUGCGGUUGCCUUUGAAUGUAUGAGAAAAAUGAUCGACGGGAGGCCUAAUGUGGCGCUUUAUAACAUAUUGAUUCAUGGAUAUGUUAAAUGUGGGGAGCAUCAUAAUGGCUUAAAGCUUUAUGAUAAAAUGCUCAAGGAUCAGGUUAAGCCGGAUGUGUAUACAUUUAACAUUUUAAUUAGUAGUUAUUGUCGUAAUUCACAGUUCGGGCUAGCUCUGGAGUUGUUUAAGGAGAUGAGAGAAAAGGGGUGCUGUCCAAAUGUGGUUAGUUUUAAUACCUUGAUCAGAGGGUUCUUUAGGGAGAGGAAGUUUGAUGAAGGGGUUGCAAUGGCUUAUGAGAUGAUUGAAUUGGGAUGCGAGUUUUCAAGAGUGACCUGUGAGAUACUGGUUGAUGGGCUUCGUAGAGGAGGUCGGGUUCUGGAGGCAUGUGAGCUAUUGAGUGAUUUAUCAAGGAAAGGAGUUUUGCCUCAUGGGUAUGAUUACUUUGGUCUGAUGGAGGAGCUUUGUGAGAAAGGAAACACAAGUAAAGCAUUGGGGGUUGUGGAUGAGUUAUGGAGGAAAGGUGACGCUCCAAGCUUGAUUUCUUGUACCACCUUGAUCGAAGGUUUGAGGAGGUCCGGGAAAAUUGAUGAGGGAUUUAUGCUGAUGGAGAGGAUGCUUAGGGAGAGCAUGGUUCCAGAUAGUGUGACAUUUAAUUGUCUCCUUCAAGGACUUUGUGACAUGGGUAGAACUGUGGAUGCAAAUAGAUUGAGGUUGCUGGCUUCAAGCAAGGGUUUUGAACCAGAUGAAACAACCUACAGAAUUUUGGUGUCCGGUUAUACGAGAGAGCGAAAAAGGAAGGAGGGGGCAGUGGUGGUGGAUGAGAUGUUGGAUAUAGGGUUUUUACCUGAUCUUACUGCAUAUAAUAGGUUGAUGGAUGGCCUUGCAAAUUCUAGAAGUUUGGUGCAGCGCCAAGCGAAUGUUAUUAGUAAUUGAACAUAUCAACAUUUUUUCAGACUGGAUUUUUAUUUCAUUGUCUGCCUCGUGCAGAACCAAUGGUGGUGCUAUUGGUAACGUACUAACAAGGAAAAGAUCCUCUCCAUUGAGAAAGUUUAAAUGCCAGGGAUAUUUCUGAUGUUGAUAUCAUGCAUGUUUUUUUGAGGGAAUGAAACAUAUACAUGUGACUGAAGAGAUAUGGUGGGUCCUGACAACAUGAAAAUGUGGAUUAUAAAUUGGAAGAUGUAUAAUCUCUGCCAAUUCUAGUUCAAUAGUCCAAUAAUUAGUACAACUUAUAGUAUGUACUAGUUUUAGAUGUGGCCAUCAGAAGCAUUUGUGUGGAAUGGGAACACAUUAUAACUUCAUUUUAUUGAUCUGCAAGAAAAGGAAGCAAUAUGUGGGAUUAUCUGUGGUCUUUUCAAUUCCUGGCGAGAGAGGUUUUCCAUGAGGCUUGCCACAAUCAAGAGCAAGGUUCCUUGUGUUUCUUCACAUCUGACUUGUGUUGGUAUUGAGAUACUCUGAGAAUUUGUUGGUGGACACAAAAAUAUGAUCUCUAGGAAUGUUUGAUGCGGGGCUUGAAUGUAUGUGCCUCUUGUAUGGUGUUAUCCAAAAUGUUUGUCAUUUUAUUUGUUCACUUUCACAAAAUCUAAUAUAAAAUAGGUCUUAUA